AUGGCAUUCGCGAUAGCAUCGAAGUCGGCUAUUGUGACUGGUGGAGCGUCGGGUAUAAGCCUCAGCUUUGCAAAACUUCUGGUUCAAAAAGGAGCCAAGGUUGUUGUUGCCGAUGUACAAAGGACACCGGCUCUGGACGACUUCAUGAAGCAAAGGCAAGACGACAUUUUCUUCCAAAAGACAGAUCUCACUCAAUGGGAUCAAUUACACGACCUCUUCAAGUUCACCAAGAGCAGACUCGGCAAGAUCGACGUGCUGUGUAACAGUGCAGGAGUGUUUGAGCCACCGUGGUCCAAUUUCUGGAAAGACACCGAAGAGACCAGCUACAAAUCGAUCGACCUCAACGUGUCCGCACUGAUGAAAGGGACGCGGCUGGCCAUCCGAGACCAACUGACACGUGCCUCUCCGCCGCCAUCCACGUCGACCGUGGCGGUCAUCCUCAACAUCUCGUCCCUCGCCGCGCAAUUCCCGCUGUUCAACCAGCCGCUAUACUGCUCGUCCAAAGCAGCCGUGUCCGCCUUCACGCGCGCAUUGGCUCCUCUGCACAAGGAAUUCGGCAUCAAAGUUGUGGCGGUGGCGCCCGGAAACGUCGCGACGCCGCUGUGGACCAAGGACAUCAAGAAGGUCUUCCGCGACGACGACGUGGUUAUCCAGCCCGAAGAGGUGGCCGAUGUCAUGCUCAAGGUCGUCGAGGGGGCAGAGUACCCCGGUGGCACGGUGCUGGAGGUCACGAAGGGUCGUACGCGAUUUCUGGCCGUGGACAGUCCCGUGGCGUCGGGGCCGGGCGCCACUACCAGCAACAUGGGCGUGAUAUACGGUGAAACCAUAGCGCUUCUGGACAAGGAGAGGAAGACCUGA